AUGGAUGUUCCGACCAACCUUCGCAGAAAACCCACCACGAAGCCGCCGGAGAACUCCGCCGGCUCAAGAAUUGUUCGGAUUUCCAUCACCGACCCGGACGCCACGGAUUCGUCCAGUGACGACGAACCGGCGAUGCUUCUCACGCGCCGCCGUUUGAAGUGCUACGUCGAUGAGGUCACCAUCGAGACGGCGGAGACCGGCGGUGGUCGCCGGAAGCGUACGGCGAAUGGACUUGUUCGCCGGCGGAGGAGGAUGAAGAAGAAGUCGCCGGGUAAUGUGGGGAAAUUUCUCGGCGUGCGGCGGCGGCCGUGGGGAAAGUGGGACUCCGGCUGCCGCAUACGGCUGUGGUUUGGGACUUACGACACGGCGGAGGACAAAAACGCCGCAAUGAAGUUCCGAGGGCCGGCCGUGUUAACGAACUUCCCCACUCCUCCGCCGCCGCCGCCAUUUCCCGGCGAGGAUUCAUCUUCGUCUCCGACGUCGGUCCUCCAUUACGGAACCCACUUCACCGAAUCAAAACCAGAGCCGCCACCGUGUCGGACCACCGCAACUUUCGGCGUCGUGGCCGAAUCUCCGGUGGUCGACUUCCCCUGCUCCGACGACAUAUUUAAAUCAAUCCUUUUCGAAUCGCCUCUGUUUUUCGACUACCAAACAAAUCUCGUACCGGAAACUCCGUGGACCGACGGCAGCUCCGGCGAAUUUUUGUACUCGGCGGCGGCGGGGUCCGGCCAGGGAGGAGAGGAACAUGAUUUCUUCGAGGAAAUUUUGAUGGGGUCGGAUCCUUUGGUGGUCCUAUGA